AUGGACGCAACAGCUGCCACGCAACAGGUCUGUAUCAAUACGAGAUCGCCAAGUUCGUACAAUAUUGUUUGUAAUAAAUGCAAUACGUUGCCGAAGUUCGCAAACUACGAUGAGUUUUUGGAUCAUAGUCGCGCGGAGCAUGGACCCACAGUACGACGUAGCGCGCUUUCCAUUGUAGCGGAGGACACGCUGGUUUCCGCACGCGGCAGUAUCUCUCACCUGAGUACGCACAGUUGCGCCAGUCCCACCUACACCGGCUCCUCGCUCUCCAACAACGUCUCCGACAACCACUUCGACCUCAACACGCUCAAGCGCCAGUGUUUGCUGGAUGUCAUCGAGCUGCUGAAUAAGUGUUUCUGCAUUUGGCAUCGUCCGUCGCGCGCCAGCAUGCCGCGCAGUGAGCGUCUUCACGCUUACCAAUUGUUGCUGCGGAAAUUGCGCGAUCAUAUGCCCUUCGUGACGUUUCGUGAUGCGCGCAGUAUUGUGCGCCAGAUAAUACAGAUUUAUCUGCGGCAGCUGCGUUCGGGCGAUAUCGCUGGCGCUGCUUCCAAAACCCAUGUGGACGAUGACGCCGCGGAUGAAUGGCGUGUGUCGCGUCAAUUGCGCGCUAUGAAAUCCAAAGCGGUGCUAGAUAAACUCGCCUUUUUGCGCGGCUGUGAUGAUAAAGAUGUGGAAGAGCUCGUGCCGGAUAAGCUCUGCUCGUUCUGCAAUAUCGGCUUUCAUAACACCGAGACGCUGUGGACGCACAUGGUGAGCGCGCAUUUGCCAGCGCGUAAACAGCAACGCAACAAUUAUAUAACUACGGACUCUGUGCCUUCGGAAUCCACAAUGGAUACGCUGUGUUCGAGUGGUAGACGUAGCCGGGUAUCGCGUUCCACCAUCGAUACCGAAACGGACAAUACGCAGCAGUCACAAACUGUUUCAGAGCCGACUAAUCUGAGACGCAGUCGUCGACGUCGUCGUGGCAUAUGGCGUAAUAGACAACGCGUGCGUGCCAAAAAUAAGCUGGUAUCCCUGAAGCAGCUACGUCAAAGUCGUCCAUCGACAAAACAAAUCAGCAGUGAGGGAGACUCUAUCAGCGUAAGAACCAAAUCCUCCAGCUAUCACCUCGCCGACUACACUGAUGAGUUCCUCGAGCAGUUCAUCGAUCUCUACCGUGAACAGCCAUGCCUGUGGUACGCGAACUCGCCGGAAUACCGCAAUCGCAAGCUGCGCCAAGCCGCCUACGAGCUGCUGCACAAGAAGUAUUGUCAGUUGCGCAAUGUGCCAGCCGUCAGUCUCACCAAAAUCAAAUCCUUAAUACGUAGCUUACGUUACUACUAUGAUCGGCUACAACAACCGCAUACCGAUCGCUUUCGCAGUAAAAUUUGGCAACGCAUGUCAUUCAUCGAUACAGGUGGUGCGAGACCGACGCGUAAACGUAGUCACAGCGCAGACUCAUAUCAAACCAUCGUAUACGAUUGUAGUGAAUGUCCGCGUAAAUUUAAACGUCCCACAGCGUACGCCAAGCACAUACUUAGAACGCAUCCGCCGACCGAGUGUCCGCCGUGUAAUGAGAAUUUCAACAACGCCGAUGAGCUCGUGCAUCAUCUACUCUAUAUGCAUCGUAAGGAAACGGAUUGUCCGCUGUGUAAAGAAGGUCAUAAUGAUUGGCGCUCGGCGGAUCAUCUCAGUCAACACUUCUUCGACCACCGUUGUCCAACCUGCGCGGAGAUCUUUCGUGAUGGCAACAACUAUCGACGGCAUCGCGCCAAGUGUCGCAACAUAAAUCGUUUCCAUUGUAAGCAUUGUACUUCGAAGUUUACCAGCACUAUAGAUUUUAAACGCCAUGCGAAGGCCACACAUCAGGAGGAUCGUCCGUUUCGUUGCGAGGAUUGUGAACUUAGUUUUAAGUAUCUCGCGCCAUUGAUAAAACAUCGGCGGCUACACAAACGUAUGCAAUCGUAUUUUGCGUCGUGAGCGUGACUCUUGGGGGAGCUCAAGUAUACCAUGUGAGCUGACUGACGAUAUCGCAGCUCUAAGGUUUAGUUUUAGAUGGAAAAUUUUAAGUUGAAUUAAAAUAAGCAGCAACACAAAA